CUGCGCCACAUCUCAUUAAUGAGCCUGAGCACUGCACGGAUCAAGAGGUUUACACAUCCAAGCUGCAUUUGCCGUCAGCUGAUCAAAAUUGCAACAGGUUUCACCGAGGAGGAAAGAAGGAGACCGGGUGAUUUAAGGAUUCUAUUUCUGAAGUAAAUAAACACAGUCGAGACUGUCACAUCUCAGGAACUAUACUGUAAACAGGACUGAACUUUGACUUGGAGAGAGAGACGUGUUCAGAGGAGAGGAGACGGUCGGCUCAGUAGCCAUGGAGGUCGCAGCGGCAGAUCAGUCUCGGUGGAUGGCGCACCAUCAUGCUGUGCUGAACGGCCAGCACCCGGACUCUCACCACCACAGUCUGAGCCACAACUACAUGGAGCCAAUGGCGCCUUUACUGCCCCAGGACGAAGUUGACAUGUUUCUGAACCACUUGGACUCUCAAGGGAACCCUUACUACACCAACUCCCGGGCAAGGGUCACCUACAGCCAAGCACACGCUCGCCUCACUGGGAACCAGGUUUGCCGACCACACCUCAUCCACAGCCCGGGUAUUCCCUGGCUAGACCCCGGGAAAGCAGCCCUGUCGGCGGCGCACCACCACAACGCAUGGGCGGUCAGCCACUUCAGCAAACCCGGCCUUCACCCCGCCGGCUCGGGCUACCCCUGCAGCAGCAGCACCGGCACAGCUCCCGUGUCCUCGCUCACUCCCGCGUCCCACUCCAGCCCGCACCUCUACAGCUUCCCCCCUACCCCUCCGAAAGACGUGUCCCCGGACCCCGGCCCUACCUCUCCGACCUCCACCUCGACCAGGAUGGACGAGAAGGAGUCGAUCAAAUACCAGGUGCCGCUGACGGACGGCAUGAAAAUGGAGAGCUGCAGUCCUCUGCGCAGCGGCCUGGCCUCAAUGAACGGCCAGGCCCCGGCCACGCAUCACCCCAUCCCGACCUACCCGGCCUACUCUCUGCCGACACCCCACGAGUACAGCGGCAGCCUCUUCCACCCCGGCAGCCUGCUCGGCGGAUCGUCCUCCAGCUUUACGCCCAAAUGCAAAAGCAAAGCGAGGUCGAGCUCAGAACUAUAUGCAGAGGGCCGUGAAUGUGUGAACUGCGGUGCAACAUCCACUCCUCUGUGGCGACGGGAUGGUACCGGCCACUACCUGUGCAACGCCUGUGGACUGUACCACAAGAUGAACGGCCAGAACCGACCACUUAUCAAGCCCAAACGGAGACUGUCUGCUGCCAGACGUGCAGGCACCUGCUGUGCAAACUGCCAGACCACCACCACCACCCUGUGGAGGCGCAACGGGAACGGAGACCCGGUGUGUAACGCCUGCGGCCUUUACUUUAAACUGCACAAUGUCAACAGACCCCUGACCAUGAAGAAAGAAGGCAUCCAGACACGCAACCGCAAGAUGUCCAGCAAGUCCAAGAGGAACAAACGAGCAGGGGACGGCUUUGACGAGCUGUCCAAAUGCAUGCAGGACAAGGCCUCUCCCUUUGGCGGUGCCCCCGGCCUCACCAGCCACAUGACCCACAUGGGUCACCUGCCCCCAUUCAGCCACUCGGGACACAUGCUGCCUACUCCCACGCCCAUUCACCCUUCAUUCGGUCAUCCUCACCACUCCAAUCGCUCGCCAGUCUGGGCUGAGCCUCACUGAGGUUCCUCCAGACCCAGUAACCCUUCGCCUGUAGGAGCCACCACAUUGCCAUAAACACUAAAUGGCCUCCACAUCACGUCGUAAGCUGAGCAGACUUGUGUCAUGUACAGUGGUUGGAGGGGAGAGACUUUCAGUUGGACUUAAUCACUGAAGGUCGCAUCACGCCUGACCUCGCUGAUGGGACGCUGCGGAGAGCAGGACUUUAGUGGACUCUCUGAAGAGCUAAUGUGACGAGGGGUUUGUUAGUCCCCAUGUGACUGGGGCUAGCAGGAACGGAGUGAAUGGAGAUGCUUGUCAUUCUUUUUGCUUAUUUUUACUAAGUCACUUUGGUACCCACCUCUCCUUGACCCUGUAACAGGAGACUCAUGAGAGGUCUUAAAAAGAACCGCUGUUUUCACCUCAUCUCACUAUAUACUGAGAUACAUGCACCCUGUCCAUCCCCAGCCUGUCGUCCACAACUGCUACGGACAGACAGACAGACUCCUCAGUGCUGGACGUCUUCAGACUGGCCGAACACAGCUGCAGAACCAGUGCACCUCUGUUACAAACCGGUCAACCCACAGUUCCCACAAACCAGUGCUCUCCUCACAUGCUGGAUUGUGCACCACCACAAUGCUCACCUGUUUUUGAUAACGGAGUUUUAUGGAAAAAAAAAACAAAAAAAAAACACAGUAAAUAGAGUGUUUAUAAAUGCUUAAUUGCUAUUAUUGUUGUUAUAUUUGAUGUUAUAAUUAUUGCUACGAUAAUUUAUUUUCACUCUAAGCUUUCGUCAAACACACAUGGAAACGUAUGAUUUUAAUUUCAUGGUUAUUACGUAAAGAAAACACUGACCUGUCUUAGAUGAAAAGUCCCUGAGCUGUACGUUUUUAUCAUUUUUCCAUCUCACAAAGAAAAGGAAAUAAAGUUUAAUACUGAAGUAA